CGCCCGCCCCCGCACGCACGCCAAGCAGCAGCCCGCCUCGGCAUCAUCGCGUUCCUACUCCGCCCAUAGGAUCGACCCGGCUCCCGCCGCCGCUGCUUGAUUGGAUCGCUGUUCGUGAAGCGGGGGGAGCGGAGAUUUGAUUUGGGGAUGGGGGCGCUGUCGCGGCCGGAGGAGGUGGUGGCGCUGGUGAAGCUGCGCGUGGCGGCGGGGCAGAUCAAGCGCCAGAUCCCGCCCCAGGAGCACUGGGCCUUCUGCUACGACAUGCUACAGAAGGUCUCCCGCAGCUUCGCGCUCGUCAUCCAGCAGCUCGGACCCGAACUGCGCAAUGCCGUAAGCACUCUCUUCCCCCCCUUCCCCACCCGACAGACAAAUUCGCUCCGAUUCGAGACACCCGAUUUGGACUGUAACGCGGCCGCUCAUGUUGUGCAGGUCUGCAUCUUCUACCUCGUGCUCCGGGCCCUCGACACAGUCGAGGACGACACCAGCGUCGCUAACGAGGUGAAGCUGCCCAUCCUCGUGGAUUUCUACCAACACAUCUACAACCCCGCCUGGCAUUUUUCAUGUGGCACAAACCACUACAAAGUGCUCAUGGAUAACUUCAGGCUCCUCUCCACGGCAUUCCUCGAGCUGGGUCAAGGAUAUCAAAAGGCAAUUGAAGAGAUCACUAGGCGAAUGGGAGCAGGAAUGGCAAAAUUUAUAUGCCAGGAGGUUGAAACUGUUGAAGACUAUAAUGAGUACUGCCACUAUGUAGCAGGGCUAGUAGGCUAUGGGCUUUCCAGGCUGUUUCAUGCUGCUGGGACAGAAGACCUGGCUUCAGAUCAACUUUCAAAUUCAAUGGGUUUGUUUCUGCAGAAAACCAAUAUAAUAAGGGAUUAUUUGGAGGACAUAAAUGAGAUACCAAAGUGCCGUAUGUUCUGGCCUCGAGAAAUAUGGAGUAAAUAUGCGGAUAAACUUGAGGACCUCAAGUAUAAGGAAAAUUCAGAAAAAGCAGUACAGUGCUUGAAUGAUAUGGUGACUAAUGCUUUGAUCCAUGCUGAAGAUUGCCUCCAAUACAUGUCAGCGUUGAAGGAUAAUACCAAUUUUCGGUUCUGUGCAAUACCUCAGAUAAUGGCAAUUGGGACAUGUGCUAUUUGCUAUAAUAAUGUGAAUGUCUUCAGAGGAGUCGUUAAAAUGAGGCGUGGGCUCACUGCACGAAUAAUUGAUGAGACAAAAUCAAUGUCAGAUGUCUAUUCUGCUUUCUAUGAGUUCUCUUCAUUGAUAGAGUCGAAGAUUGAUGAUAACGACCCAAGUUCUGCGCUAACACGGAAGCGUGUAGAGGCAAUAAAGAAAACUUGCAAGUCAUCUGGUUUACUAAAGAGAAGGGGAUACGACCUGGAAAAGUCACAGUAUAGGCAUAUGCUGAUCAUGCUUGCACUUCUGUUGGUGGCUAUCUUCUUGGGUGUGCUGUAUGCCAAGUGAUUCGGCCAACAUGGUCCUUCUAUACUCAUACACCACCUAGCCUAAAGGUUCCGGAUGCUGUACCUGCUGCAUGCAGAUGGAUAUGGUUUCAUGAUAUUGUGCUACCCUAAUGCCAUGCUAAUUCUUUUGUUCUUUAAUUUUGUCAUCCGUUAUGUUGUUUCAACUUGAAGUUGUUUGAAUAUAUGAGACACUUGUAACAUGUAUCAUAUGGAUUUAGGGUGCCUUGUUAGACAAUGUUGCCAACUGCAUUUUGUUAAUUUGUGACUUAUCUAUAUGGAAAUACCAUUUUCAGUGCUACUUGUGCAAUUU